GCUAGGGCUGUGAGUGCGGAGGCGUCUGCGCUCUCUGGGUCCAGCAGCCUCCAAGUUGAACGGAGGGGUGUGGUUGGUAGGAGACAGGAACAGAUUUAGCUGAAAUCUCUCUAAAACAAGGAGCCCUGAGCCUCCGCUCAGACCCUCAUUCCUCUGAAGAGUCUGCUGGGAUAACAACCAUGCUUGCAGCCGCGGUCUCCCUGGUGGCCGCCAUCUGGGCAGCGCUCCAUCUCAGGACCCUUCUGCUGGCUGCUGUCACCUUCUUGUUCCUGGCUGACUACCUCAAAAGCAGGCGCCCAAAAAACUAUCCACCAGGGCCACGACGUCUGCCCUUUGUGGGCAACAUGCUGCAAUUGGACUUGGAGCAACCACAUCUGGCAGUGCAGCAGCUUGUGAAGAAGUAUGGGAAUGUUAUGAGUCUGGAUUUUGGGAUCAUGUCUUCAGUGAUUAUAACCAGCCUGCCUUUAAUCAAAGAAGCCUUUACUCAACUGGAAGAAAACUUUAUGAGUCGCCCUAAAUUUCCUAUUCACAAACAUAUUUUUAAGGAAAAUGGAUUGGUCUUCGCCAGUGGCCAAACAUGGAAGGAGCAGAGAAGGUUUGCCCUGAUGACCCUGAAGAAUUUUGGAAUGGGAAAGAAGAGCAUAGAGCAUCGCAUACAGGAAGAAGCUCGACACCUUGUAGGGGCCAUGAAAGAGGAGAAAGGGCAGCCUUUUGACCCUCACUUGAAGAUCCACAACGCUGUUUCCAAUGUCAUUUGUGCCAUCACCUUUGGUGAGCGUUUUGAUUACCAUGACGAGCAGUUUCAUGACCUGCUGAGGUUACUGGAAGAGGCCAUGUAUUUGGGUUCCUCAAUAAUGGUUCAUCUCUAUAACAUCUUCCCAUGGUUAAUGAGAUAUCUUCCCGGAUCACACCAAACAACACUGGCUACCUGGAGAGAAUUGAAGUCGUAUGUUUCUAAUAUAGUUGACAAACACCGCCGAAACUGGAACCCUGAUGAGCCGAAAGACUUCAUUGAUGCUUUCCUCAAGGAAAUGACAAAGCACCCCGACAAAACUACUACAAGUUUCAAUGAAGAAAACCUCAUCUGCAGCACUCUGGACCUCUUCCUUGCUGGAACAGAGACAACAUCCACGACCAUGCGCUGGGCUCUGCUCUACAUGGCGGUCUAUCCAGAAAUCCAAGAAAAAGUCCAGGCUGAAAUUGACAAAGUGAUUGGCCCGAAGAAGCAGCCCAGCCUGAAUGACCGAGACUCCAUGCCCUACACCAAUGCUGUUGUCCAUGAGGUGCAGAGGAUGGGAAAUAUCAUCCCUCUGAAUCUUCCCAGGGAAGUGACAGUUGACACUACGCUGGCUGGAUUCUAUCUGCCGAAGGGCUCCAUCCUCCAGACCAAUUUGACUGCACUGCACAUGGACCCCAACGAAUGGGCCACCCCAGACGUUUUCAAUCCGGAGCACUUUUUGGAGAAUGGAGAGUUUAGGAAGAGAGAAUCUUUUCUGCCAUUCUCAAUGGGAAAGCGAGCCUGCCUUGGAGAACAACUGGCAAGAUCUGAGCUCUUUAUUUUAUUCACUGCUCUUGUGCAAAAAUUUACCUUCAAGCCACCAGUCAAUGAGAAGCUGAGCCUGAACUUCAGAAUGGGUGUCACCGUUUCCCCAGUCAGCUACAAGCUCCGCGCUGUCCCUAGAUUCUAAUUUCAAAGUCAGAAAGAGAAAGGAAUAACUGUGUGAUGCUCUGAGCCACUGGGGCCGCUCCUAUGUGAAGGGAGAGAAGGAAGGUGAUCAGGGAAGGAUGGGAAGAUUAGGCUACGGUUAUUGGAUUCAUGUCCUGGACUGCUGUGCCCUCUGAAUUGGUCAUAUAUACAUCACUUAUAAAUCUUUUCAUCUAGGAGUUACAAAGAGAAUGAUGGCUGCUCCUGUAAAGAAAGUGUUGUAAAUAUGAAAGGUGGGUUAGAGACAGCACGGAAAUCAUUAAAGUCAUAUCAUAAAAUUGUACCUUCAGUUCGCUUCCCACCUUCUUCAUAAAUGUGCAAUUGCUUCUAGAUGUUAAAUUGUUUCUUGUGAAACUGCUACAGAGAUCUCUCCUCCAUCUCGUAGCCUGUGAACUCCUGCUGUGAAUAAAACUGAUA